AUGACAAGGUAUCUUGUAGCACACAUUAACAAUGAUCAAAAAGACAGACCAAUUCUAACACUACCUCAAUUACUCAAUACUGAUCAACCCUAUCGAGAUUUGAAAUAUCUCUAUGAUCCGGAACUAGACGUUCAUGAUAAUGACAUUAUUCGUCGAAUCCAAGGCUCAUUGGUGGGUCUUGCCGUCGGUGAUGCUGUCGGAGCAGCUGUCGAGUUUCGUCCGUAUGAAUAUCUGAAAGAACAUCCAGUCGUAGAUAUGCAAAGUGGUGGGACAUGGGAUCUACAAGCGGGUCAAUGGACAGAUGAUACAUCAAUGGCACUUUGUCUUGCAGCUAGUCUUAUAAUAAGAGGAAAAUCGAAUAGCUACGAUCAAUUCGCACGAUAUAAGCGUUGGUAUAGAACUGGGUAUUUGUCAUCAACUGGAAAAUGUUUUGAUAUUGGAAAAUCAACGCGUCAAGCUAUCGAAGAGUUCGAAAAUCGACAACGGCAAGUUAUAAACCUAAAGAUGCAACAGAAUUUUUCUAGUAAUAGUAGUUUUGCACUUGCUGACGAUUUAAUGGAAUACUACUAUCAGCAAUAUGGUUUCGAUAUCAAGUGUGGAACAGUAGAUUCGGCUGGUAAUGGGGCGUUGAUGCGCCUAGCACCCAUACCUCUAUUCUAUUUUAAAUCGUACGAUAGUGUGCGACAAUAUAUCGAAGAAUCAACAAGGCUUACACAUGGUGAUCAACGAGCGAUUGAUGCUUGCCAAUUUUAUGCUGGUCUGAUUUGGCAUGCGAUCAAUGGUUUUACGAAAAAACAACUUUUACAUCCAAAUUUCUAUCAAGAACAUCUUCACAUACCGUUACAUAAAGAUGUCCUUGAGAUUGCACGCGGAUCGUAUAAGCAGAAAACGGGCUAUGAAGAUGGUAUUCGUGGUCGAGGUUACGUGUUAGAAUCAUUGGAAGCAGCUCUGUGGGCAUUUUACAAUGAUGGCGAUUCGUUCGAAAGAGGUGCGCUUGCUGCCGUCAAUAUAGGCGAUGAUACAGAUACAACAGCAGCUAUCUAUGGUGAACUGGCAGGUGCAGUUUACGGUAUUCAUAAACUUCCUGAACGUUGGUUGAAGAAAUUAUUCGAGCGAAAAUUUAUCAUGACUGUAGCGAAGGGUUUAUACGUCUAUGGGAAAAAGCACGAGAACGGACAGCAGAGAUCUGAGGGUACUGAACGACGUUCUCAAUUGAAUCUGAGCACUCUUAGACGUGAUACUCGACGAAUCAAUGACAGUUAUAAUAUGAUAUUUCCAGGACAAGAUACAUAUAGAUCCGGUACUAUCUAUUACGACCAUAAUACUGGCUCAGCAACUGCAGUAUAUAGCCGUCAAUUCGCACAUCCAGAAGCGUUAUCUUAUCGGUAUCAAUCUUCACAGAUGAGCAGUCCGAUCUAUUCUCGUCGAUCUGGAAACUCGACUGGUGCACCUCAAAAUGGUCUACCGCCAACUAUUACGAAUCCGUUCAAUCAGCGUCAACUUACAUACUUAGAUAACACAUUACGACAAGUCACAUAUGAAAAUUCCACUGCGACCUUACAAAGUAGUAAACCACCAAUUAAAGUGAUUAGUGAACAUUAA